AUGUCACUGGACCGCAGUUUGACGGAGGCCGAGAAGACGCGCCGAAACCUCAGCCAUGCACUCGCCCCAUACCUGCGCCGCGUGGCUUAUUUCCUUUCUGUGCAUAUUGAUCUCUCAAAGACAGAUGCAGAGCAGGAGAGGGGUGGCUGUAUCACUACCGUGCGUGGCAUUGUAACGAUGAAGAUUGAUAUCGAAGAGUGGAAGCAGACGGAUGUUCUAGAGGUCACCUUGACCUCGCCGAGCACAUCUUGUGUUUCCGGUCGAGCUGAAGUAAGUGUACAAUGUCUGGUCAGGACGUGCGCAGUCUCUUCCGAGGGCGCACAUAUCUUCUGCCGCUCCAAGGCCAAAGCAGCAUGA